UUUUGUGCACUUAUCAAUUAAAUCUAAUAAAGAUAGAAUCGCUUAAUUACUAAUCGUUCUGUUUAAUCUUACUCAAAUCACUUUAAACAGUGCAUAAUGAAAAGAUAACAUUUUAUGAUGUUUCCACAUGCGAAUAAUCGGUAAUAAAAAUGUAUAAAAACCAAGUCAGCGAAAUAAGUAUCGCUGUUUAAAUUUAUAAACCCGAAAAACUGUGCAACAAUGUCCUUAAAGUUUGUGGAAGUCCUUCUGCUCCUGUCCAUCGUCACUUUGGGCCUGAUACGAGCUGAUUUGGAUUGUCGAAUGGAAUCGGUUGAAAAAAUUGUGGGCGACGAGGAAACACUGGUUGAUUUCAACGUUCGGUUGAUUGGACGGGAACGCUUAUUAAAUGGGACACUUAACAUACUCGUUGAUUUGGAUGACGAAGUCGAAUUCGCUCACGAAAUAUUCGCCCAUCGAAAUGGAGAUUGGGUGCCCUCCAGUAUUGGUGUUCGUUAUAAGACCUGCAAGUACAUGUCCCUUAUUUAUGACAAGUAUUUUGGGCCAUUCUUCAAGGACUCUGACCUUCCAAGAGGUAAAGACACCUGUCCCUUGAAAAAGGGCAAUUAUUACUUCAAAAAUAUAGAGGUAACUGCUGAAAAUUGGGCUCAUUAUGCCAGGAUGGGUUUGGUCAAAUCAGUGCUAACCAUUAGAAAAAACAACAUAACAUAUGGAGGAUUAAUAUGUGUCAUAGUUUUACAAGAGAAAGUUUUCUAACAAGAUUAUCAGCAUAUUAUUCCCUCAAGUUAAAGAUACAUACAUU